CCCAUCUGGAACGCUCCCGAGUUGUGAGACUGCGUGGGUGUGACCUCGCUCCCUCGCUGCCGCCUCCCCCCUACUCUCCAUCUCCACCGCGAGCGCCGGCGGCGGCUGGCAGAGCGGAGCCGAGAAGUGAAGCGAGCUACGGGGGGAAGAGGCGAGGACAGAGAGCGAUGGGGCGGAGGAUCCUGAACGACGCGCUGCGAACCAUGGUGAAUGCGGAGCGGCGGGGAAAGGCGACGGCGUGUCUCCAGCCCAUCUCCGGCGUCAUGAUCUCCUUCCUCAACAUCAUGAAGCACCGAGGUUACAUAAAAAAUUUCGAGGUCUUCGAUCCGCAUAGAGUUGGAAAAAUUACUGUGGAACUUCAGGGAAGGAUUAAAGAUUGUAAAGCUCUUACUUAUAGGCAGGACCUCAGAUCUAAGGAAAUCGAGCAAUACAGAAUUCGGAUGCUUCCGACUCGGCAGUGGGGCUAUGUUGUGGUGACCACUCCAAAUGGUGUUUUAGAUCACGAGGAAGCAAUUAGGCAGAAUGUGGGUGGCCAGGUCCUUGGUUAUUUCCAUUGAAAAGUAAACACUGUUACCUCAUCCUGAAUCAGCCAGCAGGGGAUGCCUUGUUAUCUUUUUGUUAUGACUGAUGUCAUUGUGUAUGGACUUUUAGAUCCUGUUGUUUUUCUUCAUGGCCAACAAAAAAUGCAAUAACAUGUCAAAAGUAUGUCUCAUGACACGACACUAAGAAAAUGCCAGUUGAUAAACAUAAACAUUGUAAUCCUUCAUUCUGCUGGUUUAUCAUACAUGAUCUUGCUGAGAA